AUGUCCAUUGAUCAAUUGAUUGGCUUGUUAAUGUUACUAGCAGCUACUGCCAUCUUCGUCUAUUACUCGAUUUGGACAUUUGUUCUUCCCUUCUUAGACGAGGAUCAAUUCAUACAAAAGUUCUUCUUGCCACGGGAAUAUGCUAUUAAGAUUCCUGUUGUUCUAUUGAUCAUCGGUGUUACUCUCAUCGGUAUCUUCAUCUCUAAUGUCUUGAUCAAGUCUACCAAAAAGAAGAGUAAAGGUAAGAAGCAGAAUUGA